UUUACCAAAAAAAGAAAAGAAAAUGGGACGAAGUCAAUCAUCCUCCACAUCAUCAUCACCAUCAUCAUCAUCAUCUUCUUCCUAACCUUAGUAUUGCUACUAGUAGUGACAGUAUUGAAGAAUCGGUAUCCAAUUGGAGAUCUAGUUAGCGAUUGGGUUAUUGCGUGUGGGGUGAAUGGAAGGGAAUUCGGGUGGUGGGAACUCGGAUGUGGAGCUGUUGUGUAAAACACUGCAGGUAGAACACAAGCUGUUUUAUUUCGAUCUGAAGGAGAAUCCAAGGGGGCGUUACCUGAAGGUUUCCGAGAAGACAUCGGCCACCCGCUCCACCAUCAUUGUCCCCUGCUCUGGCAUUUCUUGGUUCCUCGAUCUCUUCAAUUACUAUGUCAAUUCCGACGACCCCGACCUCUUUAGCAAAGAAUUGCAGCUCGACUCCAAGGUCUUCUACUUUGACAUUGGAGAGAAUCGAAGGGGCCGCUUUUUGAAGGUAUCUGAAGCUUCUGUGAGUAGAAACCGCAGUACUAUUAUUAUACCUGCUGGUGAUGAAGGUUGGGCAGCCUUUCGGAACAUCUUGGCGGAGAUUAAUGAAGCUGCAACCCAGCAAACUUCUGUUGGCCUUUCAGAUGAUGUCGGGGCUGGCUUCAUUUCUGCUCCAAAAUCUGUAGUCAAUGUCGAUGCCUCAGUUGAACUGCCAGCACAAGAUGAAAUGGGUAGCAUGGAGGUCUCAAAAGUCAUCAGAGCCGACCAGAAAAGAUUCUUCUUUGAUCUCGGAAGCAACAAUCGAGGUCAUUUCCUCAGGAUUUCCGAGGUGGCUGGUUCUGACAGAUCUUCUAUAAUUCUCCCACUCUCUGGGCUGAAGCAGUUUCAUGAAAUAGUGGGUCAUUUUGUGGAGAUCACCAAAGAUAAAAUAGAAGCAAUGACUAGUGCAAAUGUUCGGACACAAAGAUGAAUAUAUUUGGCGUUGUGAAGGUGAUGAAACUGAAUUUUUACUUGUUUGAUAUUUGUAAUUGAGUUUGAAAGUGUGGCACCCUUGUUACAUUUGCAAUAAUGCCAUGCCAGAUACAAAACCAACAUUCAAUUCCACAUCUUCUUCCCUCUUUUUUCUUCA